UUUUCUUCGAUUAAUUUUUUGGGCGACAAAGCAUAGUUGUGUUUUUUGUUUCGUCCUGUCUGUUUAUAAAAUUACAUUUUUUUAAAAUUCAAUUUAUAAAUUUGGUUAAAACUAAUUAUAAGUAAGAACAAUGGGAGUUGAAAUUCAAACUAUCAGACCUGGUGAUGGUCAAACAUUUCCUAAAACAGGCCAGACUGUAGUUGUUCACUAUACUGGGACGUUAGCGGAUGGUUCCAAAUUUGAUUCUUCUAGGGAUCGAGGCAAACCUUUCAAGUUCAGAAUAGGAAAAGGAGAAGUUAUCAAAGGAUGGGACAGUGGUGUUGCUCAGAUGAGUGUAGGACAGCGUGCUAAAUUGAUUUGUACCCCCGAUUAUGCAUAUGGUCCUUUAGGACAUCCAGGAGUGAUCCCUCCAGAUGCAACUUUAACAUUUGAUGUAGAGCUUUUGAAACUGGAAUAAAUGAUGUGGUAUUUGAAUUUUCAUCUGUGCAUGUGUGUAGAGGUGCACUCCCAUUACCAGGAUGCUUUAUGAUUUUCUUCCCCCUUUUCAUUUGAUUAAAUAUAUAAUUGAUUGUUUUAUUAGAAUGUAACUUCCAUAAACAAGUUCAACCAUCGAAUUCUUAAAAUAUUUAUAUGGAAUUGUGGGAGGUGUUUUAUGCUGUGUCAUCUGUUUAUUUUUUUAGAUUAAACCCUUCAUAUAUUUUUAAGCUUGUUUCAAAAAUUGUAUUAUUCUCCUGGCCUUUGUAGUCUUUUCAUGUUUUAUGUAAACAAGUUACUACUCAAAUCACAAUGACUGAAACCCAUUGAUGUCUCUGUUCUGAUUUCUUUAAGUUUUAUAUUUUUAAUGUAAGUUAUAUUCUUUUUUUUUUUUUUUUUUACUCUUGUUUUUGUGAUCAAUGCUUUCAGUUUUUCAUUUUGGUCAAAUAUUGUUACAAAGUGAGCUACAUUAACUAUUCCAAUGUGUGAUCUCAAAAUUAAUUUUUUCAUUAACUUUUUCUUGGUGUUUGUAGCUGCUAGUUUGCUUUACUGAAAUAAAGUUACUUUGGUGGAUUAUCCUUCUGCUUUUGUGUGUUUGAUUGCUUGUAAGGCAUUUAUAGUGUGUUUGAUAAACCAUAUUGCAGCUAGCUUUUAAUUGCUUAGAAUAAUUUUGAGAUAGAGAAAAAAAAAUUCUUAACACACUGGGCAUACUAAGUUCUCUAUGUAGCUACUAUUAUUAUUCAAUUAUUGACAUUAACAGAUGUCAGCAAAAUUUUUUAUUCAACAAUUCAUCCUAAAGCAUAUCUAAAUUUUUUCUUACCGUUUGUAAUUACGGAAGUUUUUUAUAUAGCAUGUGAAUGUGAUAAUAAAUGGUGUGCUUACUGUGGUUUGAAAAGAGAGAAAAAAAAAUUGGUGUUCAAUAUUUAUAUUCCAAUUAUGUCCAGUGUGCAACUUUUGCUGUAUAAUAAAUGGAUAGAAAUCAAAUUGAGGGCGCUUGAAUUUUGUAGUCUGCACUAAUGUAGUACAUUGUAGCAUAUUAUUUGGUCUCUGUUACAUAUUGGUGUUUUUUGGCUGUUUAUGUGCUAUGUAUAUGCUAAUUGCUUUAUAACAUUCAUUAUUAGCUGCUAUUUAUCAAAUUCUGAAUUUUAAAUUUUUGUAUGAUGGGUGUUCUCAAAUGUUGCACAUGCAUGCAAAGUAUUUAUUUUUAUAAACUUUGCCAGCUUUAUCUUAACUUCAGGCUUCAGAAUUAAGCUUGUUUUCUCUCCUUGUUUUCCGUACAUUACAAGUAUACACUCACACACCUGGUAUGCAAUACCUCAUGGAACAAGCUUUCGAUACAAUUGUGUUCAAAUAUUCCAAUAUUGCCUGUCACUUUUAGUGCAAGCCAAUGAAACACAUUGGCCAUGGUCGUGUUUUGACCCAUAUUUCAAUAGACAUGCUUAGGAUAACAGAUUCGAUUCAAUACAAGUACUGAAAUGAAUUGUUUUAAAUUAAAAUUCUUUUUUGUCUAUUGCAUUCGAUACUAUUUGUUUGGAUUCCACAAAUGUAGUAUUGUUAUAUACAAACAGAUAUAUAAACUGUUUAUUAUCUGUGUAUGCAUUUUGUCUAAAGCUAUGUAUCCAUUUUUAUGAAUAUUAAUAAAAAGUCCCUCUGCA